GUUGAAGAAACCAUCCCAUCAUGGGUAGAAAACUUGGCCUCAUUACCAAAACGAAAGGUUCAGGACUUGUGACAUAUGCAUUGUCUCCACAUGAACAGAAGGCUUAUGCCAAUGUUUUCAAGAAAAUUAUACCAAACACCAUCAGAAGGUUUAGAGGAAAGUGGCCAGUGUUCUCAAUUCCUUUUCUCGUCUACUACUGGGCAGAUUGGGCCCAAAAAAGGAGGGCAUACUACGAGACAAAAGAAUAUUUGGCAGAACACCCUUCUGUGUGAAUAUGAAUAGCUCACCAUGAAUGGAUUUAGAUGUGAAAGACAUUUUGUGCAUUUUUCGCAUGUUUGUUCAAAAGUUAAACUAUUCUGUAUGAUAAAAUGAAUGUAUAUAAUG